GAAGGCGGUCGCAUAUAAGUAAGCAAGCGCUUCUGUUUGACCUUACACCGUUCAUUAUUAUUCCUGCUCACCUGUACGGUGGCACGGAAUUAAUCUACGAGUAUAUUAAGUCAGCAAUAAUAAUUUGCGAUUGAACGACGAAUAAUUUUCUGCAAAAACGAGCCACACGUUAUUUUGAUCAUGGAAUUCAGAAUUUGUGUGAUUUUAUCCAUUGCUUUGGUUAGUUUAGCGCAUAAUGCAAUUUGUUUGCCCCGAGAUGUAGCUGUUGUGAAAUCGGAGAGUGUUACGGAUAUACAUAAUUCCUUAACUGCGCAGGGAAAGUUGGAUCAUCAAGCUAUCGCCACUGAAUUCUAUAUCCCUGGUCGUACGUGGUGCCAGAACGACGGGUCAGAGCCCAACGAGGAUGUGAUCUGUGAAAAACACUGCAUUCCCAAAGGAUAUUCGUAUGGAUUUUGUAUCAGUAACAUGUGCAGUUGUAUAUAACAAGAAUCGUUUAGUUUUUUUUUUAAUUUUGCACAUGCGUUAACUUUUUCUACUGAUUUUUAUAUGAAAUAACAAAAUAUAUACCAAAUUUAUGUCAGUUUUUUAUUUAUUAAUAUUUCACAAAUACGUUGAAUCAGUGUGAUCUUAAAUUAAUAUUAGUGAC